AGCUUUUUCUCUCUGAAGAUCUCCCAUCAUUUCUAUAGCUUUCUUCUUCUUGUCAUUUCCCUUUAAAUCAUUUUUGUUUGAUCUUUUGUAUUUUACCACUUCAUAAAGUAGUCACUAAACAACAUAUAUACAAACACAAAAUAGAGAUGGAUGCUGAAAAGAAGAGUGCCCAUUUUCGCCAAAUCUCAACUUAUAAACCACAACUACUUGUCCUCUCCUCGAUCCAAGAGCACCCUUCUUCAAAAAUCUCAGACAAACCCACGAUCAAAGCUUCUGUUGCUGAUGUUGACUCCGAGAUCGGAGUUUUCGAUGCAGAAAAGUACUUCAGCAUGAAGCUAGAUCAUGUCAACUCAACGGUGGAUAUCACUAAGCAACACGAGAAGGAAAACAAAGAGGAUCAUCCUCAUCCUCAUCCACAUCCUCAUCCUCAAUUGACGAAAACGACGUCGUCUAGAUCAAGAACAAGCCGACAUGGAACUCCAAGUGUAAGAUCCGAGUCAAGUUACAACAGUCAAACCUUUCUCAUGAGGACUAACAACAACAAUGACAAUAAGCAACGGAAAACAAACGAGAUAAGCGUCUCUUUUGGUGGGUUUAGAUGCAACGGUCCCUGCUCAGGGGUUAAAACCGUCAAUACCGACAGGAAAAUCUCCUGUAAAGGUAGAAAUUCCGAUCGGGAUUUUGUUUCUUACGACGCAAGAAAGCACAUUGACAAACCAAGACUCCGUUUUGAAGCCAAGAAACGGGAUUAUCCCGAGCCAGAGAUGAUUCCAGUACCUAUCCAAAGGUCUGAUAUCGCCAUGAACCUUGAGAGAAAGCUGUCUAUGCUUACAUGGGACGCGAUACCAAACCAUCUCUCUACCAAGAACAACAAUCAAAACAAUGGUAAUAACUCCUCGAUGAGCAGCAAGACGCAAGAGGAGGAGACAGCAAGCGAAGCGAGUUCUGAUUUGUUCGAGAUAGAGAACAUAACGAGCAGUGUCUACGAGCCGAGUGAGGCUAGCAUUGGAUGGAGUGUGGUAACUGGAAGUAUGGCAGAUCAAUCGGUGAUUUCAGAAUUCGAUAUGAUGAAGAGGGCCACGAGAAGUGGUUCGGUGGUUAAAACCAAACCGGCAGUUGCUGAGAAAGUCAGGUCGGGUGGGUUUUUGUCGGGUUGUAAUAGUCACAAAGCUGUCUCCGUUGUUAAUAGUACUACUAAGAAUGUUAAAGAAGCAGCCAAGGUUGAUCAUCAGGAAAUGUCUCAUCAGAAGAAGUUUAAAACUGAGAUUAGGAUUCAAGACUUGAGCUUUCUUUAAAAAACAAUAUUGUUCCUGUGUGUUAUUUUCUAAAUUAGUUUUUAAUUGCUUUUGUAAGACUUUUUGCUGUGUAUGUUAAUGAUAUAAAUUUGAUUCGUGGUAUU